AUGUCAGCCAGCACGUACUACUCUCCGGUCCUUGAGGCCAGCCGCAUCUUCUCCGAUCUUUGCGAACAGUCGGAACGCUUCGACUUGCCACCAGAGGUCCUCGCAAACAAAGACCGCGUCUCGUUCUCUACCAGUCAUAAUGAAAUCUAUUUUCCCAUUCCUUUCAAAGAGACUGAGACCCUUGCCGCGCUGAAGGGUAUCGAAGGUUCCGUGGCUGCUGCUAUUGCAGACCUGCGCUUUGGUGCUGGUGCGGAACCUCGUGGCAUCCAAGUCAAUCUCGAAGCUGCCACUGCUUUUGGCUGUCAAGCGUACAUGGCAAAGGUGGAUGGUCUGUCAAAACUGGACCGGGCGGUGAAAUCGAAACUAAAGGAUACGGAUCUGUUGGCUGCCCAAUCCAACGGCUACCGACGUAUGUCAGCUAAUCUUUACAAGACUAAGAACCUAGAUGAAUACUUCCAUAUUCAUGGCUCGCUGGAAGCUACGACGACCUUAAAAAUGAUUGGACUGGAGGGCCAACGACCAGACCUGACAGACUAUGAAGACAUCAUCAAAGUUAUUGAAAGUAAGGUACAGCAAUACACAACUACAGAGCUUGAACAGAUGAACAAGGAGAAACGCCAGGCUGGUGUGACUGCUUACAAGCAUGAGGACUUCAUCAAGACCCCCCAUGGAAAAAUCAACGUCAAAGAGCCUGCAUGGAAAGUCAGCAAAUUGCCUGGUGAUCUUCCUCCAACUCCUUUCCCUGCUAGACGCAACAGCAGCAAGAGGAUCCUCGAGGGUAUCAAGGUGCUGGAAAUGUGCCGUAUCAUUGCAGGCCCGACUAUUACCCGCAUUCUAGCCGAGUAUGGUGCCGAUGUCUUGAAGAUCACCAGCCCGAGCCUUUCCGAUGUUCCGUUUUUCCAAGUCGAUGGCAACAUGGGCAAGCUUGCAGCAGAUCUUGAUUUGAAGAGCGAAGCUGGACGAAAGGAGUUCGAGAAGCUCCUGGAUGAUGUGGAUGUUAUCGUAGAUGGUUACCGUCCCGGAGCACUGGAUAAGCUUGGAUACGGAGCAGAGGCCAUGGCUGCGUUGGCAAAGAAGCGCGGCAAAGGCAUCGUCUACGUGAAUGAGAACUGUUUCGGAUAUGAAGGCGAGUGGGCUGGCCGGGCUGGAUGGCAGCAGAUCGCAGACUGUGUUACUGGAAUCGCCUGGGCUCAAGGAAAGUUCAUGGGCCUCUCAGAACCUGUUGUACCCCCGUUCCCCAUCUCCGACUACGGCACAGGCUGCAUGGGCGCUAUUGCCGCACUGACCGGUCUCUACCACCGCACGAAGACCGGUGGGUCGUACCAUGGCAAAGCCUCGCUGAUGCACUACGACCUUCUUCUAUUUGCAAUGGGACAAUAUCCAGAUGAUGUACAGGAGGAGCUUCGUAAGGCGCAACCACCUGAGUUCUUCAAGUUGCGUCACUGCGACAGCGUUGACCGCAUCUCAUCGACUGUGCUGAAGGGCAUGCAGGAGCAGUUCCCGCACCUGUACAAGCCUGCCGGUUGUGAGUCGGAAGGCCGUAAGCCAUUGACGGAACUAUGGUCAUCGCGUGCAUAUGGUGCGGAUAUCGAGGUCGUGAAGCCAGUUGCAGCCAUUGGUGGAGUGGAUAAUCAGUUCGUGCGCUCUAGUCGUCCGAAUGGAUUUGACCGAGCUUCAUGGGAGGAGUUUAAUCUUGAGGAGAAAGAUGCGAGGAAAUGUUAG